AUGGCACCUAUUCCUCGUCCUGUCUGUGGUAAAGGAGGGAUCACAUCGCUCCAGGACGCCAUGGGCCUCUCAGCGGACCCGGGGACGUUUGACGCGAUAAAAAAAUGUCUGAGAGAGCUCUCGAAGGAUAUACUGGACGAAGGCCACCCGUUCGGACAGCAAGAUCCUGCGAAGUGGGAAACGUUCGUCCAGAAGGCUGUCGCGCGGCACCCGCUGUUCAGAAGAUACAAGAACCAGUGGCCGAUAAAAUGGUACAUGCGCAAGUGCCUGGGCCAUACAUCGUAUAAUGCUCGCCAGCAGUGCAAGCUCGAUCAAUCUGCUGGAGUCGUAAUUUCCGGGGCGAUGGUGCCAGCUUCUCCGCAGAGCGAUUCCAAAUAUGAGCCUGAGUGUCAUAGAGUCAGCUCGAAGGAAGUUACCGUUGGGAAUAACGUGAGAAUGGUUGUGGCAGGUGAAGCGGCGACUCCUUCAUGCGUCAAGGAAUUCGUCGCAUGGCUUCGAUCCCGGUGCAUAGAUCUCAGCCGUGCUUCCAAGAGGCAGGCUUGA